AUGGCGACACCCAAGUCCUUCAGAGGGAGGACACCCCUCCUAGAAUCACGUGACUCCGCAGGUUCACGUUCUCAUCCGACAGACGAGGGCCCCGAGGCCGGGGGGUUCAGCUCAGGCCCCCGCCCUCUGGUCCCCUGCUUUGCCAGGUCUAUCUGUCGUGUGGGUCAGCGGGCAGCGGGGGUGCGGGCGGCAUCCCCCGUCGGAGCCCCCACAGCGGGGGUCCGUGGGACUCCGCCCCCGCCCCCCGCGGCUCCGGGGAUAAAGGGGCGGCCCCGGAGCCCCCGCCCCCGCCCGGGAGCCGCGGGCAUGGGCUGCGGCGCCAGCGGGAAGGCGGGCCCGCCGGAGGGUCCGGGCGGGGGCGGCCGCGGAGGCCGCGGGCCCGAGGCGGCGGCGGAGGCGGCGCGCAGGAUGCAGGUGGCCCGCUUCCGAGCCAGGUUCGACCCCCGGGUCCUCGCCAGAUAUGACAUCAAGGCUCUUAUUGGGACAGGCAGUUUCAGCAAGGUUGUCAGGGUGGAGCAGAAGACCACCAAGAAACCUUUUGCAAUAAAAGUGAUGGAAACCAGAGUGAGAGAAGGCAGAGAAGCGUGCGACUCAGAGCUCGCCGUCCUGAGGCGGGUUAGCCAUCGUUACAUCGUCCAGCUCCUGGAGAUCUUUGAAACCCAGGAUCGAGUUUACAUGGUGAUGGAGUUGGCUACGGGAGGGGAGCUCUUUGAUCGCCUCAUGACCCAGGGAUCCUUCACAGAGCAGGACGCUGUCAGAAUCCUCCAGAUGGUCGCUGAUGGGAUUAGGUAUUUGCACGCAUUGCGAAUCACUCACAGGGACCUAAAGCCCGAAAAUCUCUUAUAUUAUCAUCCAGGUGCAGAGUCGAAAAUUUUAAUCACAGAUUUUGGUUUGGCACACUCUGGGAACAAAAGCGGUGACUGGACGAUGAGGACGCUCUGUGGGACCCCAGAGUACAUGGCCCCCGAGGUUUUGCUAAGGAAACCUUACACCAGCGCAGUGGACAUGUGGGCUCUCGGCGUAAUCACAUUUGUUUUACUUAGCGGAUUCCUGCCUUUUGAUGAUGAAAGCCAUACAAGGCUCUACAGGAAGAUUCUGAAAGGCAAAUACGAUUAUACAGGAGAGCCUUGGCCAAAUAUUUCCCACUUGGCGAAGGACUUUAUAGACAAACUACUGAUUCUGGAGGCUGGUCAUCGCAUGUCAGCUGGGCAGGCCCUGGAUCAUCCCUGGGUGAUCACUAUGGCUGCAGCGUCUUCCAUGAAGAAUCUUCAGAGGGUCAUUUCCCGGAACCUCCUUCGGAGGGCAUCUCCCCACUCUCAGAGUCCCGGAUCUGCACAGUCUUCCAAGUCACGUUCUUAUCACAAAUCGAAGCAUAUGUGGGGCAAGAGAAACUUAAGGGCAGAAGAAUCACCACUGUCUUCACUUUUGUGA